AAAAAUAAAAACACAUUUUCAGAAAGUUGUGUGUAAAGGCAUUACAUUUCUAAUCCAUUUUCAUUUCGGUCUUUCUUUCUUCUAGCUGAUUCUGCCUGAAUGGAGACGAAAUCAAUCGACAUCACUGCCAAGACCAGUGGCGGACGUUCGGAAAUUGUUUCUCUGCGCCAGAACGAGCGCAUCUACAACUUGCGCGCACUGGUCGCAGUUCGCUUCGAGGAGGCCAUUGACAAGAUCCUGCUUGUUUAUGGCGGACAGUUGCUGCGUGAUGUGGGCACCAUUGCCUAUCACGGCAUCACAUCGGGAGUUACUGUGCAUGUGGUGUUUCGUCCACUGCCCAAACCAAUCAUUUGUGUUGGCCUCGGACUUGCCAGCAGUGGGCGCCGCAGUGGCAGCAAUACUAAAGCUAACAGCGACAAGAAACCGCAAGAAACAAGAAACAAGGAUCCCAUGGAUCCGCAGUUUGAGAGCUUGAUAGCGGCCAAGAGCAAGCUCGCCUGGAAGCUCUUUCUCGAAAAUCCCGGCGUACUCCGCGAGGUACUGCAGAACGACAUUCGCUUCAAAGGCAUCAUCGAGGAGAAUGCACAGUUUCGCUAUUAUCUGAACAGUGAUCGAAAUUUGCGUGAGAUUAUCUCGGUGGCUUUCAAUCCGGCCAAGGUGCAGGAGCUUGGGCGUCGCCGCGAUCUCUAUAUGCUGCGUAUGGAGUCUAUGCCGGGCGGCUACAAGUUACUCGAUCGCAUCAACAACUUCAUGUGCGAGGCCUACGAAAAUACUGUGGCCCUGCGCUAUCAGCGCGCUGGCCGCAAGACUACGAGCAACGUAAAUCCGCAACGUGGAUAUGAGAACAAUGAGCCGCUGCCGAAUCCCUGGAAGCCCAAGAUAGGCAGCUACUUUGACGUCUUCGGCAGAAAGGAUGAGCGUUUGUCAGCCAGUUUUAGGCAGAAAUUCGAGCAAAUAUUACGCUCGCGCUCCGAUGAUAUCUGGAACUCUGUGGCCGCAACACAAUCUCUUAAUGGACCCAUUUCGGCGGAGCGAAUCUUGGAGUGCCGUAUGCAACGACGUCAGAUCAAACCGAUGCUGCCACAGCAGCCAGUAAAGCGGAUUGUGGACAAAGAUGCCGGUAUACCAUCGAUGGCCACAUCAAAGAUGAGCAAUGCAAUCCCGCUGAACGCCUUGGAGUAUUUACCUAGCCAUUCUCUGGGAUUCUGGGAGCAACGUUUCAGCUCGCAAACUAAAGAGCUGGACAAAUUAGGAUUUUCAGAUCGUCAUCGCAAUAUAUCCGCCCUUUUGAUAGCAUCGGGUAACAUCGAGAAUGCUGUCAAACUGUUGGAGAAAUGGAAACGCGUCUAAAACACACAUACACCCACGCACUCAUACGGCAUUUCUUGCAUUACCCCUCAGUCCUUAAUCUGUUGGGUAAGGCGCCGUCAUCUGAGCAACAACUACAACUACUAUUCAUCUUGUGAGCAAUCAUAAAAACCAUAGCAAUAUAUAAAUAUAAAAAGAUAUGCAUAUAA